UUCCAGAUGAUUACAGGCAUUUAACAGGCUAGUUCCUCUCAUCCUAACAAAGCAGCAGUGAUACCUUGAAGAGUGGACAUCUCUGGCAGGGCUGCGAGGUGAGAUUUCUUUGAUUCUACUACAUUUUGUCGUUCAUUCCGUGACAUGAGGGCAUAAAUACAAAAAAUGAGCGGGGAAAGCAAGAGUGCCAGCAUUUCAGGAAGCCUGGCUCUGGAUGGCUCCGCGGAAGGACUCUCCAUUAAAGGGAAUGCAGAUAACACUAUCGCUGCAAAAAGUGACAUAAAAGCAGAGGACGAUAUUGUCGGAGCCACGAUAAAUCUAAGCAACCUUGAUGAAAGUGAUGUGCGUACCAUCCUGGAGACCCUAAAGCCAUAUGAACACAAUAUGAAGGUUCUGACGAAAAAGGACCUGAGUGCUGGUGUUGGGCUUGACUCGUUUGGAUUGGGUUUCAAAAACUCUACAGAGGGGCUGUUAAAGUCAGAUCUUUCACUGGAUUCAUCUGCUGACCUGCCAACGAUUUCCUUCAACGGCCUUAGUGAAGGGCUGAAUGCUGAUCAUGGAGUGGGUGGUAAAAUAACUGGCCCCACUAUCAACGGAGACCUCCCCAAACUCAGUUUUAAUAAUCCAUCGGCCAAUACUGGUGCUGCAGUCACAAUGCCAUCUGUAGGACUACCACGAUCAGAUAUAGACGGCUCGCUUAAAACGCCUGAUAUCAGUGUGUCAGCUCCACAAGUCAAGAUGCCAAAUGCAUCCUUGAAACUUGAUAAACCAGAUUUGAAAUCAGGUGAAUACCAGGCCCCAAACUUCAAGUUGCCAAGCUUAAAACUGACAAAAACAGAAAUGGAUGUUUCUGGUGACAUGGAUCUUCCAUCUGUAAGUGGAAAGGUAGACGCACCAAAUCUCAACUUAUCAGCUCCAAAGUCAGGUUUUAGUGGAGGGCUAAAUGUUGAACAUGGAGUGGAUGGUAGAAUAACUGGCCCCACUAUCAAAGGAGACCUCCCCAAACUCAACCUUAAUAAGCCAUCAGCCGAUGUUGAUGCUGCAGUCACAACGCCAUCUAUAGAACUACCAGGAUCAGAUGUAAAAACAGAUAUAGACGGCUUGCUUAAAACGCCUGUCAGUGUGUCAGCUCCACAAGUCAAGAUGCCAAAUGCAUCCUUGAAAAUUGAUAAACCAGAUUUGAAAUCAGGUGAAUACCAGGGCCCAAACUUCAAACUGCCAAAAACAGAAAUGGAUGUUUCUGGUGACAUGGAUCUUCCAUCUGUAAGUGGAAAGGUAGAUGCACCAAAUCUCAAUUUAUCGACUCCAAAGUCACAUUUUAAGAAGCCAAAUUUGGAAUUCAAUGAGCCAAAAGGAAAUUUGAAUGACCCUGAUCUAAAAUUAGAAUCCCCCAAUGCUGAUAUUGAGGCACCUUCAGGCAAAAUCAAAUGGCCACAUUUAAAAUGGAAGAGCGCCAAAGUUAAAGGACCAGAUACUGAUCUAGAUGCUGGAAUUUCAAUACCUGAUGCCAAUAUGCCCACGGCAAAGGCUGAUAGGGAUUUAGAUGUUGAUAUUGACUUUCCCAAAGCAGACAUCAAAGGCCCUGAGGUAGAUGUUGAUUCCCCAUCUGGUAAAAUCAACUGGCCCCACACAAAGUGGAAGAAACCAAAAUUUCAUGGCUCAAAGGAUAGUUUGGAUAUAGAUGCAAAUAUUGAUCCUGCAGAUCUUGACCUUUCUCUUCCAAAUGUGAAGGGGGAACUUGAUCCCCCAGAUGUUGAUAUGAACCUGCCAAAGGUGGAUAUUAAAGACAAAGACCUUGAUGUGCAAACCCCAGACAUUGAUAUUGAUCCUCCAUCUGGUAAAAUCAACUGGCCUCAUUUGAAAUGGAAGAAACCCAAAGUUCAAGGCUUGGCAAUAGAUGGAGACCUAAACGCACCAGAUGUAAAUCUUGCAUCUCCAAAAAUCGAGGGUGACAUUGAUGCUCCCAAAGCUGAACUGAAUCUCCACAAAGCUGACCUCACAGCUCCAGAUGUUGAUGCUCCCUCAGGAAAAAUCAACUGGCCUCAUCUGAAAUGGAAAAAACAUAAAGUUCAUGGCCCAAAAGCUGAAGUGGACGGAGAUUGGAAUACACCAGAUGUUAAUCUCUCAACUUCAAAGAUUGAUGGUAAAAUUAACUCACCAGACAUUGAUCUGAAUUUACCUAAAGCUGAUUUCCCAAGAUUGAAGGUGAAAUACACACACCAAAUCUGA